AACCUGGAUAGAGGAGUCUUCGCUGCCAGUUGCGCUGGCCGGGCGCCGCCAUGUUGACUGUGGAAAAGCAAUGGAUUAAUGUACAGCAAAAGACGUUCACAAAAUGGCUCAAUAAUAAGUUGAAAGUUCGUGACAUCGCCAUCGAUGACCUUGUCACGGACCUUUCCGAUGGAGUUAUACUCAUCCAUAUUCUUGAGAUCCUUGGUAGCGAAUCCCUGGGCCGUUAUGCUUCCAGACCCAAGCUCCGAGUCCAGAAAUUUGAAAAUGUCAACAAAUGCCUUGACUACAUAAAAGGGAGGGGGAUCCAGAUGACGAACAUUGGUGCAGAGGAUAUCGUAGAUGGGAAUAGGAAAAUUAUACUCGGGCUAAUAUGGACCCUCAUUUUGCGAUUCACUAUUAGUGACAUCAGCGAAGAGGGCAUGACCGCCAAGGAAGGAUUGCUGCUAUGGUGCCAAAGGAAGACUGCUUGCUACCCAGAUGUAGAAGUGAGGGAUUUCUCGGCCAGCUGGAACGAUGGACUGGCGUUUUGUGCCUUGUUGGAUAUUCAUCGACCCGACCUCAUCGAUUUUGACGCUUUGGACAAAAAUGACCACAAGGGUAAUAUGAAGCUUGCAUUUGAUAUUGCAACGAAAGAAAUCGGCAUCCCUGAUCUGCUUGACGUGGAGGAUGUGUGUGAUGUUGCUAAGCCGGAUGAACGGUCCCUUAUGACCUAUAUCGCGUACUGGUUCCAUGCCUUUUCACAGCUCGAGAGAGUGGAGAACGCUGGACGCCGUGUUGAAAAGUUCCUCGUCAAUAUGCAAGGGGCUUGGGAAAUGCAAAAUUCUUUCGAGCGCCGGAUGAGAGAGCUGCUUCGCAGCAUUGCAAAUCAGCGACUUCGGUGGCGUGAAUCUUCUUUUGCGGGUACAUAUGCUGAUGCAAAAGAACAAGCACACGAGUUCGCUGCGUAUAAAAAGAAUGAAAAACGCAAAUGGGUAGCGGAGAAAUCCGAUCUUGCGGCCUUGCUUGGAAAUAUCAAAACUAAACUCAGCACAUAUCGGCUAAAGCCAUAUGAACCUCCUCCGGAAUUACGACUUGAAGUAUUAGAUCAAGAGUGGGCUAAUCUAACGCAGGAUGAGCGCGAGAGGAGCCAGUUGAUCAACGAGACAAUCCGUGAUAUAAAAAACGCACUACGGAAAUCCUUUGCUGAUAAGGCCAACGACUUUGCCCUUACACUGAACACAUUAUCCCUGGCAAUUUCGGGCCUUGAGGGUGACGUCGAGGACCAACUAUCUCAUGUGCAGCGCCUUAAUGAUAAUCUUCCGCCCUUGGAUGCGUUCCUGGAAACCAUUGCUGACCUUGAUGAACAAUGUGUCGAAGCUAACAUUGAGGAGAAUGACUUUACUACCUAUACGUUCGAGGAACUGUCUUAUGAAUUUGGCCUUGUCAAGUCAAGCGUAUCCAAAAAGCUUGCAUUUUUGGAAAAUCAGAUGGUGGCACGGAACAUGACCAAUCUGACACCGAUACAACUCGAGGAAUUCGAAUCUGUGUUUAGACACUUUGAUCGUGAUUCCUCCAACACACUACACGAAAUUGAGUUUUCUGCCGCUCUAGCAAGCUUAGGCUUGGUCUAUGAUGAGGAUGAAAUGCACGAAGUGUUUCUCGAAGUCUGUGGCCCUGGACGAGUGGAAAGAACCGCGGGAGUUAGCUUUGAACAGUUCAUCCGAUUCAUGGUUAGCGUAACGGAAGAUCAAAACACAGCUGAACAGGUUUUCCAGAGUUUUCGGGAAGUCGCUGACGGCAAGCCGUAUGUUACGGAGCUUGAUCUCAGACAUUCGCUUAUUCCCGAGGAUCUCAUUGACAAUUUGCUCCAGACCAUGCCCAAACACGAAGGUCCUGAUCUCCUCGAAGAUAGGGAUUUGCCGAAAUAUGAUUAUAUAACAUUCAUGGAGCAUAUGAUGAAUACAAGCGGGCGAGGCGAUGAAGUGGACAGUAGGCAAGGCUUCAUAAAUGGCACAACCUGAAGGCUCAUAGGAGUAGCUAUGGCUUGAAUAUGCUCUUCUUUUUGUGAUAUUUUAUAAUUCCGAUACGUCAGCAUCGCUGGGGACCACGCAGAAUGCUCAUUAAUACAUAUGCUUCCUCUGAUAGGGGCCAAGUCUUUCAUCAAGCACCCACCCUUAGGUACGUAUAUACUUGAUAUGCUUGAAUGACUCUGCAGUGUAACCUCUGUUAUAUAUUUAGU